GAUAACUUGUUAUCGAAAUAUACAAAGAAAUAUACAAAUCAUUGGCCGAAAUUUUACGCUUUGCACUUAAAAUUAGAGCGUGUUCGGAGUAUAAGUGCAUAAAAUUAUAGAUUCUUGGUCGAGGAGCAAAAGCAAUAAAGUCACCGCGGAAUCGCAGUAUUCCGUCCGCUGCUGCAGUCAGGUGAAGAAUGCGGAGGAGGGUCAACUGAACCAAAAAGCUGGUGGAUUCAGUCCGAUCCGGGCACUAAAACAACCCAAAAGCGCAGCGUCAUGUUCGGAUUUGAUGGGGAGUACCGCCGGAGGCCGGUGCAAAGUCUGGGUGGAGCCUCUCACACCUGCGACAGGGACACGGUGAUCAGGAAAGCGGCGCAAGAGCGUCAGAAGCGUAACGAGCUGCGCCAAAAGGAGAAUGGAGCGGUGCUGCUGCAGUCCUAUGCCCGUUCCUUCAUACACCGCCAGCGAAGAAAACGAGCAGAGCGGGAGGCCUUCGAUGGCUAUCUCUUGGCCCACAGGGAUUGCAUCGCGGAGAACGAGAGCCUGACAUUUCUCUUACGGCGUCUCAACUUCUUCUAUAGCAGCCGGGAGGCUAAGGACAGCGAGCGAUUGGUCGAGGUCUGCCAACAGAUCCUUCGCCAACCUGCUCGCCUGCUUCAGCAUUCCUCCAUAGAUUCUAUGUGGCUACUGAGGCUGUGCAAGCUGCUGGAUAUCUGUUUGCUUCAGCUAAGUCUGUCGCAUACGGCUCAGGCCAUUCCCCUGCGCAUGCUGGAGACUUUUACCACCGUUUCUUCAGUCCAGCGCUAUGUGGAGGAUGAGGCCCUGCUGUUUCAGUAUCUGGAGCGCGUCUUUGCGUUUUUGAUUGCCCGUAACUACUUUCUCCGCUUGAGAAGGCUGCUGGACGACAAAUGUCCGCCGUUGGAUGGUGAAACUUUGCAUGCGCCAAGUCCUUUGGCUGAGGCUUUGCUACAGCUGCUGCUACGCCCGCUAGCGGUGGCCAAAAGGGCUUCCACCGGUGGGCCGUUGUCUCCAAAGUCGCUGGCAGUUUGCCAAAACUUUAUCCGGGACAUAUUGGCCGCGCCGCACACGGAUCCUCUUCGGUACUUUGUGCUACCCUGCUUUGCGCUGAAUGCGGACUUUCCCUUCGACUUGUUAAUGCAGUCGCUUUUUGAAGCGUUAGAGAAGGAUGGGUCAGCCGAGUCGGAUAGCACAUCUAGCAGGCGCAGUUUUCUCUUCCACGGAGCUGAAUCGGGCCAAAAGCCUAAGCGUCUUGACUCGCUCUUCUCGUCGUAUUUACUGAAUUCCCUCCUGGUACUCGAUCGCAGACAGCUGACCACCUUACAGCAUAGCUCUUUGCUAGUGGUCUAUAUCCGCCUCAUCGCAGAAAUGAUGCCCAAUAUUCUGCAGCUACCCAAGUCCACACUUCGUGGUCAUGCCAAUGCCCCACAUCGUCACAGAAACAGCGAUGAUGAGUCAGAAGACUCUGAGGAGGAGGAGGAUUACCCAUCGGCUCGCGCUCUGGACUACGAUAUGGAGCAGACAUGCCGAAGCAGCGGAGAACUAAAUGUUAAAGAGCGCGACUGCUUGUUGGAGUCCAUAGCCAUAUUAAACGAAACAGAGAGAGUGGAUUUUAUUGUCCAGCAGUUGGAUCCGCACAUCGAGAACAGUCAGCUGAUCUAUGCGCUCUGCGAGAUCUGUCACAACCUGAUGAUCUACAACAAGCAUGCAGUCUUUGAGUACAAAUUACUCUAUACUUUGGCAUUUACUCCUAAGUUCAUACGCGCUGUGUGGUUUAAGCUGGCUGCAGAGUCCACUCAACUGGGUUUCUCUGCUCCAUUAACCCUGAUUUCGAAGGGUGUUGUGCCUAAACAACAAGGAGUGGAUCGCACUAUUCCACUCCUGGCCACUUUCUGUAUGCUUUUUGGACGGCUUUUGCCAACCCUACAUGAUGUUGAGUUUGUAGAGAACAAGCUUUUGCUGCAAGUGCAGACUACCAUUAACCACGUCCGACUCAUGCCCUUUUCUAUAGCGGAAAUUGUACAAAUGUCCAAGACGUUGAAGGACAUUAGCAUGGGUCUAGUGGAGCUGGCCUUCCCAGAAACCCGCAGCAAUUUGGCCAACUACCGUAGCGUCUUGGGUCACACGGAGGCUGAUGAUAAGAAGUUGCGGCAUCAAAAGCAAAUUUGGGCCAAUCUACUGAAUGUGGUCGUCUUUGUGUUGAACCAGAUUCAUACACGGGAUUUGCGUUUGGGCUUCUGCCCAGAGGCACAUUGGACCGUAACUCGUUUAGACUUGCCGCUGGAUAGGCCAACAGAUUUACCGCUGACCCACAGUAGUCGACUGCGGGGAAUCCGACCCUUCCAACCCAUUCGAGACUUCACACGAGAAGAUUUCGAGAACGGACCACCCAUGUCCACGAAGCAGAUCCGUUCCAUAACCAUUCUGCGGGAAAUCCCCUUCGUAGUGGCCUUUAACAAGCGGGUGAGCAUUUUGCAAGGUUUGGUUGCUGCCAACAAAAUGCGGGUGCAGGGAAAUCUUCAAGCGUUUCUCCAGGGCCCUUCAGUUAUGAUCACGGUGAGGCGGUCGCAUAUAUACGAAGAUGCAUACGACAAACUGCGCCCAGAAAAUGAACCUGAUCUUCGCCUAAAGUUUCGCAUACAGUUUAUUUCAACGCUAGGACUCGAUGAGGCAGGCAUUGAUGGCGGUGGAGUUUUCCGCGAGUUUUUGUCGGAGCUAAUAAAAACUUCCUUUGAUCCAAACCGUGGCUUCUUUAUGGUAACCACGGACAACAAGCUUUAUCCCAAUCCAAAUGUGGGCGAUCUCGUCGAAGACUACGAAAAGCAUUACUAUUUCAUUGGACGCAUCCUUGGCAAGUCCAUUUAUGAGAACCUGCUAGUGGAGCUUCCGUUGGCCGAGUUCUUCCUUACCAAGCUAGCAGGAAAGUACUCGGAUGUCGACAUUCAUCAGUUAGCCUCCUUGGAUCCGGAGUUGUAUCGCAAUCUGCUGUACUUGAAGGACUAUACAGGCGAUGUUAGUGAAUUGAAUUUGGACUUCACAGUGGCCAGCAGUUCCCUGGGUCAGACGCAGAUUGUGGAACUGAAGCCGCAGGGCCAGAGCAUUCCCGUGACCAACUCCAAUCGAAUAGAAUACCUACAGCUAAUUGCCGACUACAAGCUCAACGUCCAGAUUCGUCGUCACUGCAACGCCUUCCGCAAAGGUCUGUCCAACGUUUUGCCCAUCGAAUGGCUGUAUAUGUUCAGCAAUAAGGAGCUUCAAAUACUCAUUUCGGGUGCUGAGAUACCCAUCGACUUGGAGGAUCUAAAGAAACAUUGUAAAUAUGGCGGUGAGUUUACUCCGGAACACCCUUCGAUUGUGGCAUUCUGGGCGGCUCUGGAAGGUUUCGACGAUCUGCAGCGCAGGCAGCUGCUUAAAUUCGUUACUAGCUGCUCCAGGCCACCAUUGCUGGGCUUUAAGGAUCUGGACCCACCAUUCUUUAUCCAAAAUGCUGGGGACAUGGAACGCCUGCCCACGGCCAGCACUUGCACCAAUUUGCUGAAGCUUCCGCCCUUCAACACUGUGGAACAAAUGCGUGAAAAACUGCUUUAUGCCAUACAGUCCGGUGCUGGCUUUGAACUAAGUUAAACUGUCACUUUUAGGGAAUCCCUUAAACAUAUCCAAUAAUCACAGCCCCAGAGACAAAAAACAAAAUCCCAUGCAAUUUCCCACCUGGCAGAGUGAAAGUAUGGCAGGACUGCUGGUCGAGAAGCAGACGGACUAUUCCACUUUAUUAACAACCAAUGUACAUUUUGAUUACCGCAAUUGCUUAGUGUAAAGUAUGAAGCUUAUGAGGUCUGUUUAUCCAAGUUUUUCUUUGUAUUACGUUUAAGUUUGUUUAUCGUAUGACAAAAUAUAAAUGUAAAUCAAGUGA